UGCGGGGCAGCCUAUGGGCAACGCACCUUUCGUCCUAUCGGCGACCAGCCGUUGCGCCCGGCCAUCCGUCGCAGCCGUCGCAACACACACGCACACCGUUACGCCCCAGCACCUCUGACCAGCCAUCUUGCUCUGUUCAUCGCAGAACGCUGCUGUGCGCGAGAACUCCGCGCGGGCAGCGGUGACAGACAAGAACAAGAAACCGCAGUGCGAGAGCGACGGGUUUCAAGCGACCAGCAGCAGGCGCGUUCGUGCGGGUUCGCGCGCGCGCGCGCGGGGGACUAUGAAGUUCGUUACGUGUGCUUAGGCUUGUACGUGUGUUUGAAUGCCACACACACACACACACACACACACACACAGAGGCGGCGCUUGACGGUCAAGAAGAGACACGUGUCGGCCAUGCCGAUUGGUGGGGAUGGAGGAGGUGGGUCCGCGGAACCAAUGGCAGUGGACGAGGCGGAGGCGGGAAAAGGCGGGACGACGGAGAAUGGCUCCAAGAGCACAAACGGUGGCAGCGAGGUGGCGGGGGUGUCCGAGACCCCGACUUCGCGAUCGCCCGCAGGUGGCGGGAGCAGGAAGAGAGGCGCAGGUAGACGAACUCCUGUCCCUAGCCCAGCGCCUAAGCGGCAAACGAGGAGGACGUCGGGCGGGAAAGCCAACUCAUCUUCUCCUAUUGCCGCCGGCGGCGUUGUGAACCUGACCUCGUACAGCCCCCCGCCGGAGCGUAGUAAAGAGGAGGGUGGUGGUAAGGAGGAAAAGAAGGUGGUGGAUGGCGGUGAGAAGCAGGACGAAGCUGUGGAUGAUAAGAAGGGGGAGAAGGAAGAACAGGUAAAGGGGAAGGAGGGGGAGGAAAAAGGGGUAGGAGGGAAGACGAAGGAGGAGGGGAAGGAGCACGAAGAGGAGAAAGUGGAGGAGGGAGAGGAGGAGGAGGACGUGAAUCAGGCGGGAAAGGCGGAAAAACAACAGGAAAAGAAGGCUAACGAAGAGAAAGAGCAGGCGGAGAGGAAGAAGGGGGGGGGAAAGGAGGUGGAGGUGCUGGGCGGGGAGAAGCAGCAGCAAGGAGGCGACGAAGAGGAGGUGAAGGUAAUAGAUUUAGAGGCUACGGUGGUGGCGGAGAAGAAAACGCCGCGGAGAGGCGGAGGGAGGAAACAAAAAGCGAAGCAGGCUGAAGAAGAGAGGAAGCAGAGCGAUGAUAAAGAAGAGGUGGUUCUGCUCGACGAUGCCGAUCAAGCUCAGCAAUCAGACGAGGAGAAGGAAGGAGAGGAUCAAUCUGGCAAAGCCAGCGGGGGAGGUGAUAGCUCCCAGCAGGCCAAGAAGUCGACGAGGCAAGGCAAGGGGGCAGCAGCCACAAAAACAACCCCUCAAGAGUCGGAAAAACCGGGCAUCGAUGUUCCCGAUGGUGAUUACUUCAACUUUGACGACUCGCGGGACGAAAAACUUAUGAGUCAGGGUCAGAUCUGGGCUCUCUACGACGACGAGGAAGGCCUACCUCGCUAUCAUGCCAAGAUUAACAGGGUCUCUUUGAAUCCUUUCAAGGCAUCAAUCACGUGGCUAGAGCGGACUGCUGCGGCGGAGAGCGAGGCGGCGGACGAGCAGUCGGAGGAGGGCAAGAAAAGCGGCGCUACUCCGAAGUCCCCGGCGAGCGCAGGCAAGAAGAGAGGCGGUGGCGGAGCUGGUCCCAAGAACGGAACCGUUACGACCGUAGCAGGUGAGAAAUCGACUGAUGAUGAGAUCACGACGACCGCUUGUGGACUGUACAGAUUUGGGAAGAGGUCGGUGCAGAGCUCGAUGACAGCCUUCUCGCACAUAGUGGAAUGGGAGAAGCGAAAGGAUGGGGCAAUCACAGUGUACCCUAGCGUAGGGCAAGUGUGGGCGCUAGAAGGGGGGGCGGGGAAGGGCGGGCGGGGAGGGGGAGGGGGCGGGGCCGGAAAAGGAGCGGCCACCGCGGGGCAAGAGGGGGAGGAGGAGGAGAAGGGAGCGAAAAAGUAUCAGAUCGUAGAGAUAUUAGGUGAGUGGAGUGAGAAGAAGGGGGUUUCUGUUGGCCUUUUAGAGAAGGUUGAGGGGUUUAAUUACGUCUAUCGUAGAGUCAGUGAACAAAAGGGGGUCGGAGGAGGAAAGGCCGGGGCCGGUGAGAUGCAGAUAACCCCAGCGGAGGAGGAGAGAUUUUCUCAUCAAGUCCCUGUGUAUAGAUUCCAAGGCGGCGAGUUGCCCAAUGCGACCGAGGGGAUGAUCGAGCUUGAUAGCGCGGCAUUACCUGUGGACUUCGCUGCUUCCAAUAAGUAGGGGAGACUGACUCUUUUUUCUCUCUGGCUCUCUGUUUGUUUCACUAUCUCUCUCUCUCUCUCUCUCUUUCUCUUUCUCUUUCCCCGUGUCCUAUUUUGUUACGGUCAUUAAUUCGGCCAUUCUCUCUUGGACAGGCUGGCAGGGAGCGGGGGGCGGAGCGGGGGGGCAGAUUACGGCGGGGAGCAAGUGGGAAGCUCAGUUGCGUGGCUGUACGCGUUUUGUUUGCCUCUCAACGUGUUUCUCGUUUCCCUCACUUUGCCCCAGGCGCUCCAUUAUUACUAAUUAAAGCAUGCAAUUACACAAGAGAGAGGUCAUGAGAUUUAGGGUACAGCAGUCAAGGAUGUGGGAGAGAGGGAGAGAGAGAGAGAGAGAGAGAGAGAGAGAGAGAGAGAGAGAGAGAGAGAGAGAGGGGCGGGAGGAGUAAGAUAGGUCAGCAGGGUGUAAUUUAUCAGAAGGGGGCAGGACAGAAAGGUGACGUGGCUGAGUUGCGAUGGCAGUGAGCUGAUAUUGUAAGAGGUAAAUAUUAUCAGUGCGGGGAGGCUGCAGGUCCUUUACGUACAUACAGGAGGAAAGCAACGAAAACCAAGGGGAGAGGGAGGGAGCGACAGGCUUCGGGGAAAGCUGAGGGAGUGUGUGUGUGUGUGUGUGUGUGUGUGUGAGAGAGAGAGAGAGAGAGAGAGAGAGAGAGAGUAGUGGGCAGAUGCGUGAAAUCUUUUGUUUAAAAAAAUGGCCUUCGAUGACGGCACCUUACCGGGGAAUUGUGUUUUCGACAUGUCCCGUUGUAAUCGGCGCAUGUGUCGUUAUGUGUAGUGGAUAAGACGCGGAUCAGAGGAAUGAUUAGAGAUAGGUAAUCAACUGAGACGAACACAUUGCUUAAUAGCAAGAGAUGUACUCCGGUGUGCGUUCGUGUGCGUUCGUGUGCGUGUGUGCGCACGCGCGCGCGCGCUCUAGAGAGAGAGAGAGAGAGAGAGAGAGAGAGAGCAAUGAUAGUAGAUUUUAAGUAUUUUCUCCUCCGUCUGCACGUCAGCGAUAUUUUAUGUAAUCCGCCUUGGUACUGCCGGACACGCUUAGCGCUUUGUCACAACAACUCGCUUGCAAUGACCUCAGCAUUGGAUGGCAGCGAACAGUCGCUCGUCAUAGUAGGACACAUCUUUGAGCGUGCACGCGCUCUCGCAUGUUUGCGCGAAGUUCAUCACAGACACUCACACACACACACACACACACACAAGGAGAGAGAGGGGGGGAGAGAGAGAGAGAGAGAGAGAGAGAGAGAGAGAGAGGUACAAUUGUGUAUUCUCUUUUCAUGUGGCGAAGUUCUUAGGCAUUGAUUUGAAACGUGAAAACAGCGACAGGUACCUUGUAUGUAUUCUAUUCUGCUUUUCCCGGAAAGGA